GAGAUGGAUGGAUGGAUGAUGUAGGUGCGUUUGACCUUUUGACUCUUUCUGGCGAGAAGCUGAAGCUGAAUGUGCGAAUUGGCAAUUACAGUAGAGAUUGGCUAAGAUAAAAACAAGAUGUAGCUAAAAGAUACAACUUGAAAUACAACCUAAAAGAUACUUUAAGAAGAAGAUAACUGUUUGGUUAAUUAUAGUACUCUCCCUUAGAGAUCCUUCUUUUUCUAUUUACCUAAAAUAUCAAAAAAAUAAAACAAAAAAAUCCCCCUAGUAUCCUUUUUGGCGAUCGUAGUUCAUUGAACUGAGAGAGGAUUGCAACAUCCCACUGCCGCAGCCUCUGCCAGACAGCCCAGAGAGAGAACGAGAGUGUGAGAGAGAAAGCCCAAGAGAGAGCUCUCUCUUGAGACAGCCUUGUAAAUUUUAGCCGGGCUCAGGGGGUGGCAACGCCUGGCAUUUAACCCUUAAGCAGUGCAACCAAGCUUGUGUACAUACAUAGAAGACUAGGAUGUUUCGCCAAAAAGGAAAUAUUACAACUUGUUUUGGGCUAAGGGUGGGUUUUUGGCCGCCGUCGCCGUCGCCGCCGUCGAUGGUUGCUCAUUUUUGCUUUCAGCAAUUUUCGGUGUUUUUCUAAGGGGUGCUGUGAGCCUGUAUCCUUCCCCCGCCCCUCUUAACCGGACGACUCCUGCUGUUUCUGCUCCUGCUGCUGUGUUACAUAACUGGGCGGGGUACAAACACACACACACAUGCAGAAAGGAGAGCUGUAACAGUUUUGAGGGGGUGGGGGUUGACCGGCUGGGCGAGUGCGAGAGCGGGAGCGGGAGCACGCGAGCCUGGCCAGAAUGUCCUGCGCUCAGAAGCAUCGUGUGCCUGGAACGUAGCGGAUCUGUGCCUCUGUCUCGCCGCUCCAUUGCCAAUUCAGACUACGAUAAAUAGCCACAAAACAUUUAAUUUGAAUAAUAAAUUUGAUAUUUCAAAAUAAAAUCAAGUAUCCCAGAACCAAAAGCAAAAGCAAAACACACAAAGAAAACAAAAACAAAUCAACGGCAGAUUAAAGUCAAUAAGCCAAAAGCAAAAAAAAAAAAAAAGCAAAUCCAGUGGAAGUUCUGUGAGUAGUGUCUGUGAGUGCUUCCUAUACUGUGUUUGUGUGUGUGUGUUAGUGUCUGAGAGUCUGAGAGCUUUGAUUGCCGAGUGGGUGGUGUGGAGAGGAAGAAGCAGAAUAUAGUGGGAGAGAGCGAGAAGUCUGGGCGGAGAGAGAGAGAGAGAUUGAGCGAGAGACAACCGCCUAACCCACAAAAGAGAGCAACGAAUCCAUCCUAGGACUCUUCCGGAAAAAAUGAGAGAUCUGGAUUCUUCAGUGGAAUUGGACUUUAUGAUGGCAAAUAACGGAGCCAACGGCGGAGUCGACACACAGGCGCAACUGAUGCAAAAUGCAGCAGCCGCUGCGGCGGUGGCAGCCACAAAUGCGGCAGCAGCACCAGUACAGAAUGCCGCUGCCGUGGCCGCGGCCGCUCAACUGCAACAGCAGCAGCAGGUGCAGCAGGCCAUACUCCAGGUCCAACAACAGCAGACACAACAGGCCGUGGCCGCAGCAGCAGCAGCCGUUACGCAGCAGUUGCAGCAACAACAGCAGGCAGCCGCCGCCCAACAAACGGCAGUCCAACAACAGCAGCAACAACAACAGCAGCAGCAACAGCAGCAACAACAGCAGCAGCAGCAAGCCGUCGUACCCCAGCCGGCUGCAGUGCAGCAGGCGGUGGUGCAACAACAGCCACAGGCGAACACCAACGGUAGCGGUGGAGCAUCCCAGAAUGGCAGCAACGGCAGCUCGGAGACGCGCACAAAUCUGAUUGUGAACUAUUUGCCGCAGACGAUGACCGAGGACGAGAUCCGGUCCCUGUUCUCCAGCGUCGGCGAGAUCGAGUCGGUGAAACUGAUACGGGACAAGUCGCAGGUCUACAUCGAUCCCCUGAAUCCCCAGGCGCCCAGCAAGGGACAGUCUCUGGGCUAUGGAUUUGUGAACUAUGUGCGACCCCAGGAUGCCGAGCAGGCGGUGAAUGUCCUGAAUGGACUCCGGCUCCAGAAUAAGACGAUCAAGGUGUCGUUCGCCCGUCCCUCGUCGGAUGCCAUAAAGGGCGCCAAUCUGUAUGUCUCCGGUCUGCCCAAGACGAUGACCCAGCAGGAGCUGGAGGCGAUCUUUGCUCCGUUCGGUGCCAUCAUCACAUCCCGGAUCCUGCAGAACGCCGGCAACGAUACCCAGACCAAGGGCGUGGGAUUCAUACGAUUCGAUAAGCGGGAAGAGGCCACCAGGGCCAUCAUAGCACUGAACGGCACCACACCCUCCAGCUGCACAGAUCCGAUUGUGGUGAAGUUCUCGAAUACGCCCGGCAGCACCAGCAAGAUCAUCCAGCCGCAGCUGCCGGCCUUCCUCAAUCCCCAGUUGGUCCGCCGGAUCGGCGGAGCGAUGCAUACGCCGGUGAACAAGGGACUGGCCCGAUUCUCACCGAUGGCUGGGGAUAUGCUUGAUGUGAUGCUGCCGAAUGGCUUGGGAGCUGCGGCGGCGGCAGCCACAACGCUGGCCAGCGGUCCGGGCGGUGCUUAUCCCAUUUUCAUUUAUAAUCUGGCGCCGGAAACGGAAGAGGCAGCCCUGUGGCAGCUGUUCGGUCCAUUCGGGGCUGUGCAAUCGGUGAAGAUCGUCAAGGAUCCGACCACGAAUCAGUGCAAGGGCUAUGGCUUUGUCUCGAUGACGAACUAUGAUGAGGCGGCGAUGGCGAUCCGGGCCCUCAAUGGCUAUACUAUGGGAAAUCGGGUGCUGCAGGUCAGCUUCAAGACCAACAAGCCCAAGUAAAUCCAUAGCCAUCGUGGAGGAGGAGCAGCCAUUGACCCUGAAUCACACACACAACUUAACACACCACCCCAACACACACACCCGACACCCGACACACACACACACACACACAUAUAUAAAUAUGCAUGGUAUAACGGUAACUAAGCGCAACAAAACAGUAUGUGUAAAACACUUAAAAAAAAAAAACAAAAAACAAAACAAAACAAAGGACUUGAAAGAAAGGAAAGUCCUGGCCAGGCAGGAGGCGGAGUAGUACUCUCUCUCACGUGUCGAAACAACGAACAACGGCAUCUUCCCUCCCUCUUAACCCCUUAAAAUCCCUGCAAUCCUUGAAGUCCUUGAAGCAAAGAACCAACCUAAAAAAAAAAAAACUCAAAAUCCAAUCGCCGGCCAAAAGCGUUGCAAUAGAAAAAUUCUUCUUGUUUAGCAUUUAAGUAAAAAACCAUUAACUAAACAUUUAAAACAAGGAGAGAUCUGUAUUAGGAUGAGAUUUGUGACAGAGAGAGAGAGAUAAUGUUAGAGAAGGAUAGGCAGACAAGUGAGAUUAUGAGGAAAUUGCCUCAAAACUUUGGCAGCUAAAGCGAAAAAAGGUCAAAGGUUGCACUCGCAAUCCAGUUAGUCGCAAAGCAAAACAAAGAAAUCAACCAUACACACAAAAAAAUAAAAAACAAAAAAACAAAAAACACUUAAAGAAAUUUAAAAAAAAUAUUACUAGCAAAAAACAAAAACAUGAGAAAUUUUAAAAAUUUAUUAAACUUAAGAAAAACGCAGCAAUGAAAUCUUCCAAAAACUAAACAAAAAAAAAAAAAAGAACAAGAAACUCUGUUAGUUACACUCCAAAAAAAAACUUUUCUACCAUAAACAAAAAGAAAAAAAAAAGAAUCUUAAAUCUUGAUACAAAAAACUAAAAAGAAAAAAAACGAAAAACCAGAAUUAAGAUUUGCAAAAAAAAAAUAAGGAGAUCAGUUUCUAGGAUAUACACACACAUUGAGUGCUUACAGGACCUCAGUUUGGCUUUUUUUUUUUUUGUCAUCCAAAGGGCUGGGCCGAAAACGAAAGGAAAAAAAAGUAUUCGAAGGGCGAUCGAGAUCGCAAUUAUAAUAAAUAUAAAUAACAUGGAGGCUGCUACAGUAUUAAAAAAAAAAACUUAAAAAAAAAAACAAACAGCAAGUUUAAUAUUUCUAAAAAAAAAAUAUAUAUAUAUAUAGAUCUAUAUACACUUAUAUAUAGAAGUUUAAAGAAUUUUUUUUAAAUGUUUUGUGUUUGUUUUUUUUUUUCCCCCCCACCCCUACACUUAGAGAAACGAAGUAAGCCCGAAUUGUGGUGAGAAAGAGGCCGAACUGGUGUCCUUUAAGCCAAAAAAACAAGCAGUUUUAACUGUAAAGGAGACAGGAGGCAAAAGUAAUACAAUAAUUUAUGCGCAAAUUUGAAACGUUUUACUAAAGUAAAUAAUUGUUAGUGAAUAUUUAAAUACUGUAAUACUUGUGCGUGUGUAUAUAGGUGGAUAUAUAUAUAUUAGUAUUAUCCUUGAAUGCAGGCACAGAGACAGGCUUUUCGUAAGCGCAUCUUAUAUAUACUUUAUAUAAUGUAUAGUUCAAGGAUAUUUGCUAAAAAAAAAAAAAAAUAACAAAAAAACAAAACAAUUUAGUGUUUAAACAAAGCGUAGCACAAAAAAAUGGGGAAAAAAAUAAGAGAAAACAGGCAACAGCAACAAUUUUUUUUACAAACAGUUUGAAACAAAAACUAAAAAUUAAUGAAAAAAAAAAGAUCAUUAGCAAAGCGUUUUCUUUAGCCAAGUAAGGAAAGGUUUGAAGGGAAGGAUAUAGUAAAGGAUAAAGGAUAACUUCAAGCACAUCCCAUAUAUAAUCCAAAUCCCCCAUAUAUAUAUAUAAUAUCCAAGAACUUUUGUGCAAUUUUUUUUGCGUUAAUUUAUUAGUUGAAAUUUUUUUGUAAAAUCGACUUUUCGUUUGCUUUUUCGUUUUUUUUUUUUUUUAUAGUAUUUGGUUUUUUUUUUGUAUAGAAGAGAGUGAGACAAUACACUACAAUUCAACCAACAAACAAAAACAUAUAUAUAUAAUCUAUAAACUAUAUAAUUUCGAUUCUGGAUUUGUAUUUGAAUUUGAGUUUAAGUUUGAUUUCUUUGUUUGCUUUGUGUACGAAUUGAAUCUAGAGGCUCCUGCAUCCAAAAACUCCAAAAAAGAAAAACUACAAAAUCACCGACCCGACCAUGCAUAUUUAUACGAAACGAUUUGUGUUCUUUAAUAUUAUUUUGAGUUUAUUUUCCAAAAACAACUAAAAAAAAAAAAUAGUGAAAUUUUCUCAAAACCAAAACCGAUAACAGAAAUCAGAAAUCAGUAUCCUUAGAAGCGAGGAGCCACGUAGAAAUUGAUUUAAUUAUGAUUAUUAUUAUUACGAUACUUAGCUCUAUGUGUAAUCGGGUAUAUGUACUCUAUAUACCUUCUUAAAUAUAAUCCAUAAUUUUUUUUUUUUGUAUAAUUAUAGGCCAACAAGAAAUCUUUUUUUUUGUGUUUGAACAAAAUUUGCAACAAGAAAUCUAGUCAGAAGAAGUAAGGAUGAGAAGACGACGGAGGAGUUGAAGAGAAUAUAGAAGAGAAUAUAUAUUGUAGAUGAAACCAAAAGAAAACUAUGGCAAUUUCUAGUAGCUACCAAUAAGCAUAGCAAAAUGAUUGAUGAAAUGAUUAAAAAAUAAAUAUUAAAAAAACAAAAAAAAGAAAGGAAAAAUACAAGGCCUGCUCUCCCCUUUCCAAAGAUUAGCCUCCCCAGUCUCCUGAGAAGAAUAGAUAGCUUUCUUCCGGGAGUAAUUAUGAAUUAUAAACAAUCUGCUAGUUUAUUUAUAUACUAAAAAAAAAAUACACAAAAAACAAUUAUGUACUUGAUUUUGUUUAAUUUGUAUUUCUGUCAUCACCUUAACACUCUCACACUUACACAACACAACACACACACACACACACACACAUA